AUGAAAAAAAGAUAACUUGAAAGAGAUGAGGAGGGCAAUUUAGUUAUGAAUGAGCAAAAUAUUAUCGAGAUAUGCGAAAAAGAAGGCUUAUAUGAGUAUCCAGAGUUGAAUUCGAAAUUAUAUCUUCAUUUUAAAGCAUUCAGAAAAAUCGGUGGUUUGGACAAUUUCAUAAAUGUUAAGACUCUCUGGUUAGAGAAUAACUUUAUCACAAAAAUAGAGGGAUUAGAAAAUCUAUAAUAACUCACACAUUUAUUCUUAUAAAAUAAUCUAAUUUAAAAGAUUGAAGGACUGAAAGAAAACUUAGAAUUGAUUACAUUGAAUUUAUCCCAUAACUGUAUUAAAGUGGUAGAAAAUUUGCAGAAGCUCUAAAAGCUAUCCAGUUUGGAUUUAUCAACAAACAAAUUCAAAUCAGUUUCUGAUAUUUGGGAAUUAGAACUAAACCAGCAAAUAUCUAAUUUAGACUUAUCCAAUAACAUGCUUGAAUUUGAAGGAGAACAUGAAGACGAUCCAUUAUUGUUAAUAUUUAAAAAAAUGCCAAAAUUAAAGUGUCUCUACUUAUAGAGAAAUAAUUACAUACGAUCAAUUCAAAAUUACAGAAAAUAUUAUCUUGCCAAUUUACCUGAAUUAACAUAUUUAGACACUUAACCUGUAUUUCCUAAUGAAAGAAGAAUAGUGGACGCAUGGGGAAAACUGGGAAAAGAAGGAGAAUAAAUAGAAAGAUAAAAAAUAAAAGAAGAAGAGGAUGCUAAGAAGUAGGAAUAUCGAGAUGAGAUAAAAAAAUAAUUACCUAUUCAUUUGUAGAGCAAGAUUAAUUUCUUCCAAAAAAAUAUCAACGCUAUUGAAACUGAGAUAUAAGAGAUGUAGGCUAGAAAAUAAAAUCAUAUUGAAUAAAAUAGUCAAGAAAUUGAAAUUACAUUUUUAGAUGCCUCUAUUGAUUAGAAAUAAUCUCAACUUAAUGAAAUGAAUGAGUUACUUAAUAAUAUGAAGGUUAGACAAAUAAGAUAAAACUCACUCACUGAAUCAUAACUAAUUGAAUAAAGAGAAGAGUAAUAAUAAAAAAUCCAAAUUUAACUUGAUGAAAUAGAUUGA